AUGGAGGCCAAUACCACGCUGCAGGAGCUCAUUGUCAGCAGCCACCCCGUCAGCUCCGCGGCCGCCGCCGCCUUUGCCCGCGCGCUGGCCGCCAACACCACGCUCCGCAGCCUGGACCUCGGCAACAGGAGCUUUGGGGACGAGGCCCUGGCUGCCUUGGCGCCUGGCAUUGCUGCCAGCUUCUCCCUCAGGCACCUCAACCUGGAGGCCAAGGGUCUGUCGGCGGCAGGGUGCGCCUCACUGGCGGCAGCCAUGGCAGCCCGCAGCGGCGGCGGCGGCGGCGGCCUUCACGAGCUGCUGCUGGGACAGAACAGCCUGGGCGGCGCGGGCCUGGCAGCGCUGCUGGAGGGCUGUGGCGGCGCCUGCAGCAGCGUGCGGCUGCUAGACCUGACCGCAUGCGGGCUGGAAGGCGCCGACGGCGUGCAGCCGCUGGCCGCGGCCCUGAAGCAGGGCGCGCUUCCCAGCCUGCGUGUGCUGCGGGUGGAUGGAAACGAGCUGGGCGCAGAGGGGGCAGCAGCACUGGCGCCCUCGCUGGGAAGCAGCGGCGCGGCGCGCCUGCAGCAGCUGCACAUGCAGCGCUGCUCGCUGGGCCCGCAGGGGGCGGCCUCGCUGACAGCAGCCCUGCCGGGGGGCCUGGCUGUUUUGGACAUGGGCGGCAACGCCCUGAGCUGCCAGGGCGGCGCGGCCCUUGCGGCAGCGCUGGCUGCAGGCGCCGCGCCGCAGCUGUCCAGCCUGCUCCUGUGCGCCUGCGGGCUGGAGGAUGGCAGCAUUGCGGCGCUGGCUGAAGCCCUGGGCAACAGAGGAUCGGCAGAGGGGACGGAGCAGGACGCAGGAGCGGCAGCACCGGGCUUGGCGCUGGAUCUGAGUCGAAACGCAGCAGGCGCGGCAGCGGUAGCGGCCCUGGCCACGGCCCCCCUCUCAGCCCUCUGCUUGCACGACUGCAAGCUUGGCGGCGGCGGCCAGGGCAGCAGCGGCGCGGCGGGCUCGUUGGCCCCGGCUGCGCCGGCACAGCAGCUCGCCACGCCGGGCACCUUCUCCCUCCUGCAAGAGCUGGAUGUGUCUGGCAACAAGCUGGAGGCGGCAGAGCUCCUGCCACUGCUGGAGGCCCUCACCGCCACCGCCGCCACCGGCACCGGCGAGGAUAACUCGAGGCCCUGCCCGUGCCUGCGCCUGCUGGUCAUUGCGGCCAACCCCGGGGCGGCGGAGGAGGCGGUGACGGCAGCCAUUGAGCGGCUGCAAGGGGUGCGGCCGGGGCUGGAUGUGGUGCGGCGCGCGGCUGACACUGGAGAGGGCGGCCUGAUGCAGUGCUGA